AUGAGCGACCAGGCUGCACACGGUAGAUCCAUGCCCAAUCAACCAAACCGCAAAGUUGAUGACGAGACUGCUCAUGGAACUAACCCUGAGGUGAAUGCUUUCCAUGGCCCAUUCCAAGCCGAACAAUAUCAAGCGGAUGCGUACUUUGGGCAAAGCGGUAGCACAGGCACAUAUAUGUUCGGCUCUGGCGACAACGGAAGUCAGCCCGCAUACUACCCAGAUCCUAGAGCGCCCAUGGUGCCCAGCGUACACAAUGCACAUAUACAGGAGCAAAAUUUAUCUCGGGGAAGCAACGGAAUACUCACCAUGUCUGCCCAAAAGCCCUUUUCACCGGAAAUACACUACGGGCUUCCAUAUCCUCUUUCGAACCAAAACACAUUCACACACCAACCUGGGCUGAAUCACAACAUACCAUCGAGUUUCGCCCAGUACUCGCCACAUAUGAACCCAGGAUAUCCAGAUCCCGCAAACCAACCACCUUUGAACAAACCGUGGCCUCAGUCCGCGCCCUCGCGCUCCCAGCCGUCCAUCCCAUUCUGGGGCUACCACUUUCAAAGCUUCGGGCAAGUAAACUCACACCUGAGCGAAGUAUCCUGGUUCCCCUCCAUGGGCCGCUACGGUUUCCCACAAACAAGCGAUCAAUACAGAGUCUACCUUGAAAGAAUCUGUCUCGCCCUCCGUAACAUCUCCAAAGUCUGGGAUAUGCAAAGCGCACACUGGCAGUUCAGUAAAUUCACGCCAAACGGCGAAUGGACGGACUCCCGCGACGUCGAGGCCAUAGCACACACCAUUGUAUACACGGCAAUGCGCAUACACGCCUCAGGCGUGACCGACUUCGCCCACCGACGCUCCAUCGACUUGAUGUCGCUCAACAGCGAAGAUGUAGACUUCACAUUCCCACAACGCAUGCACUUCAUCGCGUGUCUGCUCAACCACUCCAAAGCCAUCGCCGCAGAAGUCAUGGCGCGAGUGAAUAUCGAAAAGUACGUCGCGCUGCCCAUCACAUGCCUGCGCUCAUUCCCCUACUUCAACGAGAAGUGGCUCGAGCUCUCGCCCGAAGAAAAGAGGACCUGGACAGAAAUCAAGCCGUACUUGGGGUCCGGAUUCACGCAUCCAUCGCCAGAGGUUCGCGAGCAAUUGGCGGCUAUGUCGCUGGCGCGGUACACACAACUGUAUGGUGCGAGGCAGGCGCGCGAGGCCGCUGCUAGUGCGAUGAUAAUGGGAAAUCAAAGGAUAGCACAGCCGCCUGUGCAGCAGGAUGCUGGUGGGCAGCGUAGGUACUCGACGGCUGCGAGUCCGCAGACCCAGGGUAGUCCGUGUAAUUCUGUUGCGGGGGGCAGUCAGGCAUGCGGGCAACCGCCUACUCGUCUUGCGAUGUCGGGGAGUAACGAGCAUUUGCGGAAUGUUGCGAGAUAUCGGGCCCAGAGCUUUGGGGAUGGAGGGCUCCACUCGCCGGAUUUGCCGGAAAUGCAAUAG